CAAAGAUCUUUUUGGAUGUAGCAUGUUCAUAAUCAGAGAACAUUAAAACAUCUUUGACCUGACUGUCUAAAAAAAGAUGCAUACAUCAAAUAAAGUUUGACAGUCAGGUGGAUGAUUUCGUCUGUCCAACAGUUCGUUGAGAUCUAACUUCUUUUUUGUUUUACAGGAUAAAACAGUUUGCAUCUUUCAUCACAUGUACCAGCAACAUGUGUCUGUUGAGUGUUUGCAUCUUUGCCAUCUUCAUGCUCUCUCUCCCUCAAUCCACAAAUCCGUCGUGCAUCCAGGGGACACCCGAACAGUGCAAGGAUGCAGAGUUUGCUCCGGGUACUAAUUUGGCCGGGGAAGGCUUCGACAUCACCACCAUGGAACGUAAGCAGGCCUACGUGAUCGAUGUGAGUCAGUGGGAACACAAGGACAAGACAUGCACCCUGUGUAAGAACACCUUUCUGGGGAACAAACUGCAAAAGCUUCCCCUGUCAGUGGUCGACUGGAGAGCAAAGCAGACCUGCAACAACAAGGUGACCAGUUCUCUCCACCAAUCCAGUGAGUCUCUGGUCAGCUCCAUCACCUCCUCUAUUGAAAACAACUGGAAGGUCAAUCUGGAUUUUAAAACGGUUGAUAAAAGCGCCUCACUGAUGCUCGCUGGUACCCAUUCUAAACUGGCUGACUACUCCAUGAAAAAAACCAAGAAUGACAAAUUCAGCUUCACAAGCCAGAGCACGGGGUGUGAGUACUACAGCUACAGAGUGACCGGCACACCCGAGCUGCACAGAGAGUUUAACAAAGCAGUGAAGGAUCUCCCAAAUAUCUACGACAGUGACCACAAACAACAGUUCUACUCACUGAUUGACAACUUUGGCACCCAUUACAUCACCAAGGUGAAACUAGGAGGGAGUGUUCAAUCUGUGACAAGCAUCAAGGAUUGCCUGGCCAGCCUUCAGGGCCUCAGUGUGGAGGAGGUGCAGAUGUGCCUGGAUGUUGAGGCAUCAGCAACCUACCAUGCUACGAUAUCAGCCCAGACAAAGCACUGCAACAAAGACAUUGACAAGACGGACAGUAAGCCGGCCUUCUCCAGCAUGUUCAAUGACAGGUUCACAGAAAUAAAGGGGGGGCAUACGACAGAGCCAGACCUACUCUUCUCUGCUGAAAAAGAUCCGUUUGCCUACAAGGAAUGGCUCAACACAUUACCACAGAAUCCAGACAUAAUCUCAUAUUCCCUCAAUUCUCUUCACGUGUUACUGCCCAUUAAAGAUCCCAUGAGGAAGAACCUGCGCUCCGCCAUCAGCCACUACAUCCUGGAGAAAGGCUUGAUGAAGAACUGCAGUAAGCGUUGUCAGGCUGGCAUCAAGAGUGACCCCAGAGAUUCCUGUGUCUGCCAAUGCCACAAUGAUCCAGCCGUGAACCAAGACUGCUGCCCGACCCGCAGAGGCAUGGCACGAGUCAUCCUAACGGUGCAACGGGCUACAGGUCUUAAGGGGGAUCGCAUCACAGCAACAGAUGGCUACGUGAAAGUGUUUUUCAACAAAGUGAUGGUCCAGCGUUCUCCUGUCAUUAUGAACAACAACAACCCACGCUGGGCCAUGAUUGUGGACCUCGGCAGUCAGGAUUUGUCAUCAGGUAAGGUAGUGAGAUUUGAAGUGUGGGAUGAGGACACCUGGAAUGAUGAUCUGUUGGGACAGUGUGAUCAAGUUCUCUCUGCUGGAGUCAAGGAGGACCUCUGCAACCUGAACCACGGGCAGCUCUUCUUUAAAUUGGAUGUUGCAUGUGCUCCGAGUCUGGGUGGAAAGUCAUGCACGGACUACAAACCUUCACCCAUGAGUGAAAACUUGAAGAGGCUGUACGUGUCCCGUCACGCUCACCCUAUUCCAAAGGCUGUCCUGUUGAAGAUGGGUGUGUUUGUGGACAAAACGAGCUCACAGGGAAACCAGAGUCUUAGUGCAGGGCCAAAGGUUGAUGUGAUGUAACCAAAGUCUGGCUUUAAUGAUGCUUCUAUUCGAGAGGUUAAUGCAGCUGAAUGCAUUAUUUCCACGUGUUAAAUCUUUGAUAUCUCUACCUAUAAUGUUGUCUUCUUUCUCACUUGCUUUAACCACUUUAUCUUAGUGUUGAAUGGCUUCUAUAAUGACAAUUAAAAUGUAUGAUUUUGUGCGUUUUAUAUUUAGCCACAUUAUCAUUUUACAAAAAAAUGAAUGUCUUAAUGUUUGGUUUGAAUAUGCAGUUUUACAGAAUAUUGCCAUCAUAUUAUAACCUUUGGCUUAGUCAAUCCUGAAUUUCUCGUCUACUUGCACUGUCUUUUUAAGUAUCCUUGAUACUGAUAUAAAAAUACAACUCU